AUUAAAUUGGCGGCAAAUAGAAAUACAAGUAAUUUUUUUCAAUUUGUAAUUCGUAUGUCGUAUUUCGAUUACUUUUUGUUAUAGUUCUGAUGUUCAGUAAUUUUGUAGAUUCUCUUAUUUUCGUUCUGUUUUGAUAAGUGUUAGUAAUAGAAUUUGAGGAACACACUGAGAGAAUAAUGGCGAGGACCAAGGCAUCUGUAGGUGCAAAGGUGUCUAUGGGUAAAAGCAGCAAGGCAAGAUGUAGUGCUGCUCCACCACCAAGUAAUAGCAGUUCAUCAGGUGAAAGGUCUUCUCGGAGCUAUUCUGGUGGUAAUCCUGUCUGUCCUCGAGAUAUCCCUAAGUGGCAGAAGCCAAUAACAACAUUUAUUUUCACAAAAGAAAAAAAAAUAAUAGAAGAUUCCGAUGCUGGUAGCUCAAAAUCCAAACUAAAACGCCAGAUCAUAUAUUCAGAUGAAGAAAGUGAUUCAGAAAUAAAAAAUAAUAAUGGUGAUAUGAAAAAUGAAGUUGAUAGAAGUGACAAUACUAAUGAAAUAGAAGAUGUGGAAAGCCAAGUGUUAGAAGGCGAAGUGAAAGAAAGUAUAGGCGAAGAAAAUGUAGACAAUAAAAGUGAACUUGUUGAGAGUCAAAUAUAUGGAGAAAGUCAGGACUAUGACUUAAUAGAAUCACCACCAAAGAAUAGGGAACUAGAUGAAUCUAUAAUAUUAGAACCUCUGACUGGUGAAUGUAGUCAUAAGUUAGAGGAAUAUUAUCCAAAAACAGCAAAAAAGUCUAAAGGAGUCAGUAAAAUUAUCAAUAAAGAAAAUUUCAAUAAUAAAGUUAAACGUAACUUGGAUGAUGCUUAUGAAGAGUCACCAAAUAAAAAGAUGAGAAUAGAAUGAAAGGGACAUAGAAUUAAAAGAGAAAUAAUAAUAAUGAGAAGGAAAGCAUAAGAGCUUUUUCAGGGACGUAAGGCUCAUGAGUUUUAAUGGCUGUUUAUAAUAUCUGAUUUAAAAUUUCAAUUAUAAGUUUAAAUCUUCUAUUUUGUUACCUUGAAUUAGUUUGUAAGUAAAUAUUAAGUUUCUAAAUAAAUUUCUUUUAACACAUAAAA